UUGAAUUCUACCUUGUGGCCCGAAUUCCGGCUGAGUGUGGUGAAGCCGGCGAUUCAAGAGCAUAGCCCGAACUUUCGUUUGAUCCGAAACUCCAGUGAACGGUUCUCGUCAAAUAGCUCUACAAGAGGUGCCGAUUCGGGGUCGAAUAGGCUCCAACUGAUAGCUUCCUCGUCGGCACGGAACAAGCGGCAGGAACUUUCAGACUCAGCUGACAUGACGGGUGAAAAACGAAAUCAUCGAGACGACGGGGAGAAAAGCUCGGGUGAGGACGAGAAUUAUCAGCCCUACGUUCCUCUCAAACACCGACGUCUAGAGAAGCUUGCACGGUUGGGUGUCAAGAAGGAUCAGACGGCUGCGAGGAAGGAAAGCGAGGAAGAUGAAGUCUCGAACGAGCUCGGACCUAUACCCCACCGGCCGAACGUGAGUUUGCUGGAUCAGGCGCAGGAGCUGAAGAAAAAAGCAGAGCUCCGGAAAGAGAGCGCAAUGGAGAGGCAGCUGAAAGAAGAGGAGAACAUCCUUGACGCUGUCGCGGAGAAGCGCGCGCUUAUGGGUGUUGCUGAGUUGGCAAAGGGAGUUCAGUACACGGAAUCCAUACGAACAUCCUGGAAACCGCCUUCUUACAUCUGCGAUUGGGACGAGAAGAAAUGCGAUAAGAUCCGAGAAAAGUAUCGAAUCCUUGUCGAGGGCGAAGACAUACCGCCUCCGAUCCGCACUUUCAAGGAAAUGAAGUUCCCGCGAAUUAUCCGUUCAGCUUUGAAGAAACGAGACAUCGUCAAGCCGUCUCCCAUUCAAAUACAGGGCUUGCCUGCAGUUCUCUCUGGACGUGAUAUUAUCGGCAUCGCUUUCACCGGAUCUGGGAAGACGCUCGUAUUCGUCCUGCCGCUCAUCAUGUUCUGUGUCGAGCAGGAGAGGAAAAUUCCAUUCGGUACAAAAGAGGGCCCCUACGGCCUGAUCGUAUGCCCGUCGCGCGAGCUCGCUAAGCAGACCCACGAUAUCGUGGAGCAUUUCAUCAACCAAUUGGGCCGCGAGCCUAAUCGCUUCCCGAAAUUACGCUCAUGCUUGUGCAUCGGAGGUACGGCUCUGAAGGAUCAGCUGGAGACUGUUCGUAGAGGAGUGCACAUCAUGAUCGCCACUCCCGGGAGACUGAUGGAUAUGCUAAACAAGAAACAAGUCACGCUGGACAUAUGCCGCUAUCUAUGUUUGGACGAAGCCGACCGGAUGAUCGACAUGGGCUUCGAGGAGGACGUCCGAACAAUAUUCUCGUAUUUCAGUGGCCAACGCCAGACCCUGCUAUUUUCGGCGACAAUGCCGAAAAAAAUCCAAAACUUCGCUAGAUCGGCACUUGUGAAGCCCGUCACAGUGAACGUCGGACGAGCGGGAGCGGCCUCGAUGAACGUCACCCAAGAAGUGGAAUACGUGAAACAGGAGGCGAAGUUCGCCUACAUACUAGACUCCCUGCAGAAAACUCCGCCACCCGCGCUAAUUUUCGCUGAGAAAAAACAAGAUGUCGACGCGAUACACGAAUAUCUCCUGGAGAGAGGCGUCAUCGCUGUCGCGAUCCACGGCGGUAAAGAUCAGGAGGAGAGGAGCAAAGCUGUAGAGGCUUUCCGCGCAGGAAAGAAAGAUGUUCUAGUGGCCACAGACGUCGCGUCCAAGGGUUUAGACUUCAAAGACAUCCAACAUGUCAUUAAUUUCGACAUGCCGGAUGAUAUCGAGAAUUACGUCCACAGGAUCGGUCGUACCGGUCGAUCAAGUCAGAAAGGUCUCGCAACGACCUUCAUCAAUCGGAGCGUAGAACUGCCAGUCCUCCUCGAUCUGAAGCACCUUCUCCUGGAAGCGAAACAGAAACUGCCCGAUUUCCUCGCUCAACUGGAGUCGGACACUGAGAGAUAUCUAUCUCUGGGCGACGAGAGAGGCUGUAGUUAUUGUGCUGGUUUGGGUCACAGGAUAACGGACUGUCCCAAACUAGAAGCUAUUCAGAACAAGCAAGCGUCCGCGGUCGGGAGAAAAGACUUCUUGGCCAGCAACGCGAAAGACUGGUGA